AACGAGUCACGUGAAAGGGAAAUAGGUAGCCCAAAUCUAUGAGGGCCAGCGAACGACGAAUCAGUUUGAAUCUCCAUUCCUUGAGGGAAUCAUUUGCUCAGAUCGUCACUUCACAGCACAGGACAAGUGGAAAUAUCCAAGCAAUUUCCUCUCUCAAUUCGCCGUCGUCUUCGUCUGAUCCUCUUCCUCUAUAUCUGGAUCCGGAUUCGCUUCGCCAGCUCCACACAAUUCGCAUCUGAUCUACCUUCUUGUAUUCUCCUCAGAAAUCGUUUUCCAGUAAUGGCAAAUUCUAAUUCGGAGUUCGACUUGAAGGAUUUCCGCAUCCCUGAUUAUAUUCUUGUUCCAGAAUCGGAGGUUGAGGCUGUUUCUUAUGUACCCGAGUGUCCAGUGAUAGUGUUCAUCAACUCCAAAAGCGGUGGCCAGCUGGGUGGGGAUCUUCUUAUAACAUAUCGUUCUCUUCUCAAUGAAAAACAGGUGUUUGAUGUGAAUCAAGAGGCUCCUGAUAAGUCACUAAGCAGAAUCUAUGUCAAUUUAGAAAAGCUCAAGCACAGUGAAGAUGAUUUUGCUUUUAAAAUUCAGGAGAGAUUGAGAAUAAUUGUCGCAGGUGGGGAUGGAACAGCUGGUUGGCUUCUUGGAGUUGUUUCUGAUCUCAAAUUAUCCCAGCCACCGCCAAUUGCUACAGUGCCAUUGGGAACAGGAAACAACCUUCCUUUUUCAUUUGGUUGGGGAAAGAAGAAUCCUGGAACAGAUUCUCGUUCUGUGGAGUCUUUCUUGGGUCAAGUAAAAAAGGCAAAAGAAAUGAAAAUUGACAGCUGGCAUUUUCUCAUGAGGAUGAAAGCUCCUAAGGAAGGUUCUUGUGAUCCGAUUGCACCCCUUGAAUUGCCGCAUUCUUUGCAUGCAUUUCAUCGUGUUUCUGAAACAGACUCACUGAACAUGGAGGGUUACCAUACAUUUCGUGGGGGAUUCUGGAACUACUUCAGCAUGGGCAUGGAUGCUCAAGUAUCAUAUGCAUUUCACACUGAACGAAAACUGCAUCCUGAAAAAUUUACAAAUCAGCUAGUUAAUCAGGGUACUUAUGCUAGGCUUGGUUGCACACAAGGAUGGUUUGCUGCUUCACUUUUUCAUCCUGCUUCCAAGAACAUAGCUCAGGUUGCAAAGAUAAGCGUCAUGAAGAAGGUUGGUGGUCAUUGGGAAGAGCUCAAAAUAUCAAACAGCAUCCGGUCAAUUGUGUGUCUGAACUUGCCCAGCUUUUCCGGUGGAUUUAAUCCUUGGGGAACACCAAACGCAAGGAGACGACGCGAUAGAGAUUUGACAGCACCAUUUGUUGAUGAUCGCCUCAUUGAGGUUGUUGGUUUUAGAGACGCAUGGCAUGGACUCGUUCUGCUUGCUCCGAAAGGGCAUGGUACUCGUCUAGCACAGGCGCACCGCAUCCGCUUUGAGUUUCACAAGGGUUCCGCUGACCAUACUUUCAUGAGGAUCGAUGGAGAACCAUGGAAACAACCUCUGCCAGACGAUGAUGAUACUGUUAUGGUAGAAAUCUCUCACCUUGGCCAGGUUAAGAUGCUAGCCACCGACAACUGCAAAUCAAAAAGCUGCGAAGAUCCCACCUCACCGCCUGCUCCCGAAACUGAGGAGCCGGAUAGUAACGAAGAAGAAGAAGGGGAAGAGUGGAAGAAGUUUGGUGCAGCGGAAACCUUCAGAAUCCCGGAUGAUGUUGACAUUUCUCAUCUCAGUUAAGACCCCCUCAAAAUGUCCCUGUGUCUUAUAUAUAGAUUUCUCCAUUUAUCAUUUGUCCAAAGUUUCUAUUCUAUUUGAAUCUUUUAUCGCUGGCCUACUCAUUUGCCAGUACCUGUUGUUAAUUGAAGCAUGGUGGCAACCCAUGCUUCCUACUCGCAUCUUCUUUUUUGGUGGCAUUAAUUUGGAAUAAUAUGUGGCUUGUAUGAACAAAUUGAAGAUCUAAAGUUGCAAUACGGAUUUUACGUUGUUUUCUUCA